AUGUCUUCAAACGUCGCAAUUAUCUUCGGUGCUGGUGCCAAAGUUGGUACACAUGUCACACAAAAGUUCUUACAGAACGGUUACAAAGUUGUUACUGUUUCAAGAAGUGACAAUUUAUCAUUAUCUGAUGCUACUGGUGAAAGUUAUUUCCAUUUCAAAGGUGAUUUAGCAGACACCAAAGUUGUUCCAUCUGUUUUCGCUAAAACUAAAGAAGUAUUCGGUGAACCAAAUGUUGUUGUUUAUAAUGCUGCUGCUGUCUCCAGAACUACUCCAAAUGGUGAAGAAUUUUUAAAAUUAACAGUUGAAGAAGUUGAAGCUGAUCAAUCUGUUAAUGUUACAAGUGCUUUAUUAGCUAUCCAAGAAGCUGUUAAAUCAUUCAAAACUUUACCAAAUGAAAAAUCUAAAGCUUUUAUCUAUACAGGUAAUAUUCAAUACUCACAACCUUUCCCAUUCAUCUCAUCCCUUGGGUUAGGUAAAGCUGGUGCUUACUCUGCAUUAACUGUUGCUAAUGAAUAUUUCUCCAAAGAUGGUUACAAGUUUUACUUUGCUGAUGAAAGAACUGUCGAAGGUGGUCCAGCUGUUACUGGUGUCAGUGGUGAAGCUGCUGCUGAUUUUUACUUCGACUUAGCUGAAAAUGAAAACAAGGAUAUUCCUGUCUUAGCAACAUUUGUUAAAGGUAAAGGUUAUGUCAAGUUUUAA